AUGGCCGAAGUUGAUUUAAAAGCUGCUGAUAAUGUCCAGUGUACUGAUGUCCUUGAGGACAAAGUGAAGGAAAUAGCAAGUUAUCUCAAUCAGUGCCUCCGAUCUGACCAAGCAAGUACUUUAUCUAGACGUUUUUUAACGAAAGCGAAAUUAAGUAGACAAGGUGUUGAAAAACCAGGUGGAACAAUAAGAAAAGAUGACACAAAACCGAUGUCAAAAAUAGUAAAAACGUAUCAGAACAAAAGGACCAAAAACAGGCAUGCUGAAUUGGUAUAUAACAUUACUCAAUAUAAUGUAACAGAUGCAAGUAACCAAAUAAAUGAUAAUACAUUUGAGAAAACAGAAUCAAACGAGCUUAUUACGAAAGUUGACAACAUUUUACCUGAUUCACCAUUCGAACAAAUAAAUGGAGCAAAAAGCAAGAAACGAAGAAGGUCUUCGCAAGAGAAAUUAAAUAACGAAGAAAACAACGUUGCUGUUUCAAACUCUAAAAAAAGUAGUUAUUCUUUGAAAUGUGGGAUUUGUACCAAAGAAUUAUCUGAAGUGGACUGGGAGAACCAUGCCUCUGAGGAGCAUUGUUAUAUAGCUUGGAAAGAGGGUCACAAGAUAGAUUUUACGGAUGACAAUCUUGCAAAAAAACUUUUGAAGAAAUUGAAGGAAAGUGGAAGAUUGAAAUGUACGUUUUGUAAUUUGGAAAUUAAGUCCGUUAAAAAGUUUAUAAAUCAUGCACAUGAGUGUAUUAAGAUCGUCUAUAAUUGUGACAGUGAUAUUAGCAUUAACAAUCAGACAAGUAAUAGUGAAGCUGUCCAAUCUAAUUUAGAGUUUCUACACCAUGAUGAAAUAGUAAGAUGUGGAGUUUGCAACGGAGAAGUUCUUACGUCUUUAUGGAUGGACCAUAUAGCCAAGGAGCACAAUUAUCAAGCAUGGAAAUCUAACGAUCGGCCAUUGGACUUGACCGAUAGAGAUAAUAUAAGACAACAUUUGCAUAACAUAACAAAACAAAUUGGAGGCUUGGUGUGCGCUAGAUGCGGAUUGGUUCGUAAAUAUGCCAAGGCGUUUAUGCAGCAUGUUGAAAGCUGCGAAGGAACUGCAGAUGUUGGUUCCAAUGUCAGCGAUCAUGCGAAUGAAACGUUAGAAAAUGUAAAUGGAAUUUCGGAUGCCAGUGCUGACGAUAAUAACUUCAUCUAUACAGGUGUUGUGAAAUGUGGGGUAUGUCUAAAGGAUGUAGAUGGGGACCAGUGGUUGGAUCAUAUACAUAAAGAACACAACUAUUUAGCAAGAGUUGAAGGCAAAACACCUUUAGAUCUAAAUAAUGAGGAGGAAGUCGAAAGACAUUUACUUCGGAUACGGUCGAAAAUCGGUCAUUUAGCAUGCGCUAAGUGUGGACUAAAGCGUAAAUAUUUAAAAACCUAUCUGCAGCACGUCCAAAGCUGUCCCGGUGCUUUGGCCGAAGGUUCUAAUGUCAGCGAUCAAGUUAAUGAAACAUGUACUUCCGAAAAUAUAAACGAAACGUUGGAUACCAGCGGUGGUGCCGACGAUGGCGAGUUAAUAUAUACUGGUGUUGUGAAAUGUGGGGUAUGUCUAAAGGAUGUAGAUGGGGACCAGUGGUUGGAUCAUAUACAUAAAGAGCACAAUUAUUUAGCAAGAGUUGAAGGACUACCAUCCCUAGACCCAAACAACGAUGAGGCAAUUGAAAAACAUUUGCGUCAAAUAAGAUCGGUUUUAGGUUACUUGGCUUGCGCUAAGUGUGGACUAAAACGUAAAUUUAUAAAAAGUUUUUUGCAACACGUUCAAAGCUGUCGUGAAAAUUCCGAGACGACGAAUUCAACAAAUGACAGUGAUUUGGAUGGACAUGGACGAGCAGAAAACAAUUUAAACACCACAAAUUUGGACGUAUCGAAUCUCCCGGCCACUGUGAAAUGCGGUGUUUGUGAUUUAGAGAUGGAGGGGAGUAAGUGGAUAAGCCAUAUACAUAAAGAGCAUAAAUAUAUAGCAUGGAUACAUGGAAGUGUUCCUUUGGACGUGUUAGAUGAAGAGCAAGUGUGGAAUCAUCUUAACAAUCUUUCAAAACAAAUCGGCGGACUGGUGUGCGCCGAAUGCGGGCUGAGUCGUAAAUACGUUAAAGCCUAUUUGCAACAUGUCAAAAGUUGCGAUGGUAGCACGGAGGAGUCGAACGUUUCACUGAACUGUCACGACUCUUUAGAUGAGACGAAUUUAGAGGAAUCCGUCGUGAACUAUGUGGGCACCGUUAAGUGUGGCGUUUGCGGCCAGGAGAUGGACGGUGGAGAUUGGGUGGACCACAUACAAAAGGCGCAUAAGUACGUCGCAUGGGUAGAAGGGAAGAAGCCUUUAGACCUGUUUUGCUCUAAAUGUGGACGAAACCGUAAAUACGUAAAGGCGUAUUUACAACACGUGAAGGAUUGCGAUGGAUUGACCGACCAAACUAAUGAAUCGAUCGCAUGCGAGAACACUUCUAUUAUCGAAGAAGAAAGCGAGUUUAUUUACGAGGGAGUCGUGAAAUGCGGCGUUUGUGGAGAGGAGGUGGCCGGGGAGGAAUGGAUAGAUCACAUACACAAACAACACAAUUACAUAGCGCGGGUAGCUGAUAGGCCACCAGUAAACGUAAAGGACGAAAGGGAAGUCCGAAUGCAUCUAGCUAGCUUGAAAAAAUACGUCGACGCAUUGGUGUGCACAAAUUGUGGGCUUGCGUAUAGAUUUGUUAAAUCGUACAUAAGGCAUGUAAAGACUUGUGAUGGAGGCGUGGCAUCAGAAUCGGAGGGGGCAUUCAACGAUACGUGCAACUCAGACAGAGGUGGCGAAUGUAUUUCAGAAUGCAGUACUUUUAAUUAUACCGGUAUCGUGAAGUGUGCAGUCUGUGAAAAGCAGGUGGACGGAGCGGAUUGGCUGAAACACGCACAAAAGGCACAUGACUACUUGGCCUGGGUCGAAGGAAAACCGCCAUUAGACGUGAAUGACGAAGAAAUAGUGCGACAGCAUUUAUAUAAAAUAACAAAGCAAAUCGGUGGCUUGGUAUGUUCCAAAUGUGGUAUAAGCCGAAAAUAUGUCAAGCCUUAUUUGCAGCAUAUAAAAAGUUGCGAUGGGAAUACGGUAUCCGAAGAAUUACUCCAAUCUGACGCAUACGAUGGACUGGAAGAUGAGACUCCAACCGUCUACACGGGCACCGUGAAGUGUGGAGUAUGUCGAAACGAAGUGGAAGGCGAACAGUGGAUACAACACAUACAAAAAAAACAUAAUUAUUUGGCGCGCAUUGAAGGGAAACCGCCAUUAAACUUAAAAGACUUUAAAGAAGUUUAUAGGCAUUUGUAUGCCAUUGCAAAACAAGUCGGCGCGUUGAUUUGUGAUGGAUGCGGUUUAGGGCGCUCUUACGUCAAAUCUUUUUUACGUCAUCUACAAAAUUGCGACCUUAACAAAGCGAUCCCGAGUAUUCAUCCAGAGCUAUAUGAAAAAUUGGGCGACUCGUUGACGAUUGAGAACGUUAAUGAUGCUGCGGAGGUUGCGGGUUUGUAUGAGAGCGAAUUCGUUCACAUUGGCAUCGUGGAAUGUGGGGUGUGCAAUAAACAAGUCGACGGCGGAGAGUGGUUCGAUCACAUACAUAAGGAACACAAUUAUUUAGCACGGAUUAAAGGGAGGGAGCCCCUCGACUUGGAAACUAAAAUGGACGAGGUGCAGAUGUUUCUAUACACCAUAUUGAAGACUCAUAAUGGCUUAGUGUGCAAAACCUGUGGUGUUAGACGUAAAUACGUGAAGUUAUUUUUGCAGCACAUAGAAAAGUGCAUUCCCAUCAAUGUUGGCACCCUCGAUGACGAAAACUUAUUGCAGUGUGCUGUUUGCUCGGAGAAGGUUCCUCAAAAAGAGUGGCGGUCGCAUGCCAUGAAAAAUCAUUACAAUAUUGCAUGGGCUAUUGGUAUGGAACCGAUAGACUUAAAAAAUCCGUACGCAGUGGAGAAGUAUCUCAAGGAAUACAAACAGGCCACGAAAAGUUUAAUUUGCAAAAAUUGCAAGAUGAGCCGCGUCUCUUGCGCCGGAUUCUAUGCUCAUAUAAUUACGUGCGGCAAGUCAGAUGAGGAGACGGAAUAUUUUAAGUCCUUUUGCACCAUUUGCAAUUGUAAAUAUCUAUGUAUUUACAAGAAUCAACAUUUGGCCAUGCAUAGGGAGCAAGAAUAUGUGAAAGAAAGAAAAUUGAAGGUGGCUGAAGUGAUUUUAAGUAAACAUGAAGAGGAGAAUACGCAGGGUCGGAGGAAGGCUGCAGAAAAAGCCAAAACUGUCAUAGAAAACUAUAAAAACAAGAUGAACCAAUGCAAACACAAAUGCUCGUCGUGCGGCUUCGGGUGCGACACGCAGAGCGAGCUGGACAAGCACGCGUGCGGCUCGUACAGCGAGCGGCUCAGCGACUCGGAGGGGUCGGUCGCUUACGACGCGCAGUCGGACGAGUCGGAGAGCGAGCUCGACUCCGACGAGGAGGAGGAGGAGGAGCGGCCCGACCGCAGGAGGAAACGCCACUCGGAGCCGGCAUUGCAGAUCCCACGGCUUCCCUUCAAAGUAAAUAGUGCUAGGGCCUACGUCGCGCAAGCAGCUUUAGACUUCUUUAACACUCAUUACACUUCGGAUGUGCUAUUUCCCAACUGGAGAACAAGUCAAUAUCAAGAGGUGCCACCAGAAGAUUUGCCAAAUUAUCUGCCACCACUGGACCAGUCUUGCAAAGUGAAAAUCGCUAACGAUGAAUGGAUCACUUAUAAUCGGUUUGAGGCGAAAACGAUUACAGUGUGCAGCGCGUUCGUGGGCGGGUGCGUGCGGUGCGUGCGCUGGGCGCCGGCGCUCGGCGACGACUGCGUCAACUACCUGUGCGUGUGCGCGCACGGGGCGGCGGACGCGCCGCGGCUGCCCGCCGACCACACCUUCGCGCACGCCGCGCUGCUGCAGCUCUGGGACUUCGGCGACUUCGCCGGGAUUCCCAAGUUUGCGCUUGGGAUAGCGCACGACUUUGGCACUGUAUGGUCGAUGGAUUGGUGUCCGUCCGGCGUGAGGGACUGCCAGCCCGCGGGGGGCGGUGACACCGAAGCGAGGCUGGGCCUAUUGGCCAUUGCCUGUUCGAAUGGUGCUGCGUACGUUCUUGUGGUGCCUUAUCCGAAAACAGGCGAAUCGCAGGAAGCGCAAUUCAUAAAGAUAAAACCAGUGAUAGAACUUCGGUUAUGUAGCGGCGAUGAAAGGAAGCAAUACCAAGCUACCGCUAUUUCCUGGUCACAGCAAAAAGGUCAUGCAAUUAUAUUCGUCGGUUACGCGGAUGGCUCAACGGCUUUUUACGACUUAAAUUGCGAUUCGCCUCUGUUGAAAUCGGUGGAGGACGGUGUUACGAUCCUGCAUCCUUUCGAAGACGAGCGACCACACAACGGUUGCGUUUUGGACGUGGGCCUGUUCGCGUCGGACGCGGGCGCGGGCGGCGGCGCGUGGGGCGCCUCGUGCAGCGCGUCGUGCACGGGCGCGCACGCGGCCCUGCGCGCGCCCGCCCCGCGCCUCCACACGCAGCUGGCCACCGUGCGCGCGCCCUUCACGCCCCACUGGCCCUCCAUCCUCGUCACCGCCGACGACGCUAUCGUGACCCACUCGAUGAACGAGCUGGAGUGGCAGGGCGGCGGGCGGCGUCUCGGGGCUCAACGUGCGCUGGCCACGUGCGCCCGCUGCGGCCUGGGCGUGGUUUAUUCGCCCCCGGUGUUGCGCGUCACGCGCACCCACCCAGCGUACAGGGAUCCGCGUCGCGACAUGGUGGGCUACUUGCGCAUGUUGCCGUUAAGUAAAAAGAAGAGGAAACACGUUAAUGACGAGUUGUCUAUGAAAGUGGAGCCGUUGACUUACGAUGAAGCCAUUAAGGAAUAUGGAAUCGAGUUUAAACUCAAGACUCACAUGGAAAGGGCGGACAAGCGGGGCCUGCACGGCGAGACGACGCAGAACUUCCCCGAGCGCUUCCCGUUGGCGGACGUGACCGCGAUGGCGUUCUGCACGUCGCCCACGCGCCACGGAAAGCUGGCGGUCGCCUCGCAGGCCGGCCUCCUCUUCAUCGUCAACAUA